AACCUCAGAAUGGUUUUUGUUUGUUUCAAAAGCCACAAAGCCAAAGAGGAAGUGUAGGAGAACGUGGGCAGGACAGUGGCCAGGAGCCCCAUGACCUCAUCUUUUUCCGCCACAUGGGGAUUGGUGGCUGUGCUUGGACAGGGUUUAAAUUCCCGGAGCUCAGGGAUGUCAGGCAGCAGGGGACAAGGGGAGAAAGCCAGAGCUGCUGGGAGCCAACUGGCUGGAGCUGCUGUUGGGAUCACUAAGAGUGCUCUUGUCGUGGCUGACUCCUCCAGCACCAGAAAAGGUAAAAUAUCACAAUGAAGGUGGCAGUUCUGUGUUUAUGCCUUAUCAGCAUCACCGCUGCAUGGCCAGUGAUUCAAUCCAAGCAGCAUGCCAUUUCUGCUAGCUCUGAAGAAAAAUAUGACUCCAGGGGCCAUCACUUGCGCAGAUAUUAUGACGACCAUGUGAAUUCUCACUCCCAGGAGAGUCAGCAGCACCCACAGAGUGACCUGGCAUCAUCUCAGCAGACACUCUACUCUUCAGAAGAAAGCGUGGAUGGCCCAGAACAACCGCACUUUCCUGAUGUGUCAAGCAAGAGCCAUGAAGAUGUGGACGAUGAUGAUGAUGAUGAUGACAAUGACUCCAAUGACACGGAUGAAUCCGAAGAGGUUGUCACGGGUUUCCCCACAGACAUCCCAGUAACUGUUGAACCAUUCCCCACUUUCCCUUUCACCCGGGGAGACAAUGCUGGCAGAGGUGACAGUGUGGCCUACAGGAUGAGGGCAAAAGCUGCACUGCUGAGGGCAAAAGCCAAACUGUUGAAGUCUGUCAAACUCCACAAAGUUGCCAAAAAGCUCAUCUAUGAUGCCACCGAGGAAGAUGAGAGCGACCUGGACGCAGACAGCCAGCGCUCUGUCUCCCGGGAGGAUUCUGCUUCCCGCAGCUCCCUGAGGAAGCACGCCAGCAGCGUGGCAUGGUCUGAGCAGAGCCACGGGCGGGACAGCAGCGAGCAGGACAGCGAUCUGCGUGCCCGGAGCUUGGAAAACGACAGCCGGCACAAAUCCGACAGCCACGAGGCAGAAAGCGACAGCAGCAAGUCUGGUGUCAGAGGGGACAGCCUGUCGAGUGUGGAAAGCAAGGAGACAGGGGACAGCCACCCUAGCGUGGAAAGCAGGGAGACAGGGGACAGCCACCCGAGCGUGGAAAGCAGGGAGAGCCGGGACCGAGUGUCAGCGGAGCUCUCUGACGAUAUCAGCAACCAAACCCUGGAAAGCGCCGAGGAUUCUCAAGAUCGUCACAGCAUCGAAAGUAACGAGGUCACCCUCUAAAGGGAGACAAAAAGAAUAUUUCCCUUCUUUUUCAGUUCCUACCUAGGGGAAGCGGGAAGUAGCUCGGUUUCGGGGAAGUGUUUGUUAAUGUAGCUGGCGGGGUGAUUUUUGGGGCUCGGGGCGGUGCGUGGCCGCUGGGGCCGUGCCGGCGGAGCUGCGGGACGCGGCGGGCGAGCAUCGCUGCCGGGCGCUGUUCUGCUGUAACGGGACUUCAAUAAAACCUCCAUCCACCCCCCGUA